UCUCGUCUUCCUUGUAGAAUUUGAGGGUCUCCCUGCUCUUUUUCUGGCUCUCUCCAGAUACUUUGCCAGAUCGAGGUUCUGAAGCUCUUGUGUUUGAGAUUCUCUCUCUCUUGUAUUCUUAAUUCAUGAUUAACAUUUGGUUACUGAUGUUUGAGAUUCAUGUCUCCAGUACUCAGUGAAGUUCUCCGUUCUGGGUUUAUGAUAAACUCUACCCUCAGACGCAGGACCCACUUAGUUCAGUCCUUCUCUGUUGUCUUCCUCUACUGGUUCUAUGUUUUUUCAUGAAUCACUGAUCGUCUUUCUUGGCCUUUUUAUUUUCAAUUUUCUUCCUAAUCCGUGAACAGUUAUACUAACACCAUCUGGGUCCUGUGGACCUGUGCCUGUUCUUGUUCAAGCAUAGUCCACCCACAAAAAAUCUAGGUCUUUUUUAGCUUAUUGAUUUUCUUUUCUUCUGAGCCUGCAUAUUAUGGGUUCUUCUAGUGGAGCUUCUUCAGAGGCCAGCCAACUUCAACACUCAGGUUCCGAAGAGGAUCUCCGGCAAAUUAUGGAUCAAAGGAAGCGGAAAAGAAUGCUUUCGAAUCGCGAAUCAGCGAGGCGAUCGCGGAUGCGUAAACAAAAGCAUCUGGAUGAUAUGAUGGCCCAAAUGGUUCAUCUCAGGAAGGAGAACAACCGCAUCCUCACAACCAUGAACGUCACCACACAGUUCCAUAUGAACGUUGAGGCUGAGAAUGCUAUUCUGAGAGCUCAGAUGGCUGAGCUUACCCUCCGAUUACAGACUCUCAAUGAAAUCAUGGACUACCUCAACUCAAGCAACGUCCCCUUUGGAACUGAAUAUCAGGGUACCCAGAUAGCUGAUGAAUGCUUUAUGAAUAUUCCAUGGGUUCCCCCCUUCAUCAAUCAACCCAUCAUGGCUUCUGCAGACGGCAUGUUCAUGUACUGAAAUUCAUAGAUCAAUCUUGAGUAACUUUAUUGUAAUUUUGCUAGUGGGUGUUCCUUCAGAUUCUCAAUAAGUAGUCAGGAAAAAAAAAAGAAGGCGGUCUUCAUUUGUAAAAUAGGCGGUCAUAAAUAUGAGUCCAGCUAAGAGCUAAAUGUAUGCAAGUUGUCAUUCUGCAAUUUUUAUUACCAAUAAAAAGAACACUUUAGAAGGGUGUUUUUGAUGUA